AAAAAAAAAAAAAAAACUCAUCAAGUCUUCCUCUAAUCCUCUUCCUCAAGGGAAGAAAAAGGACGAAGGAGAGAGAAACUAUGUCUUCCAUCCUCCCACCCACACAAUCUUCCUUAAUCUUCUAGAGAAAAAAAAAAACUCCAUUUUCUUUCACCAUCAAUUUCACCCAAUUAUUCCCAUUUUUAUUAUCAUCAUCAAUUUAUCAUCAUAUUUUUCAAUUAAGAUCCUCAUUUUUUCCAUCAUUUCAUCAUGAGAAAAGGAAGAUCAACGGUUAAAACAACCCCAAAUCAAAUCAGAUCUACCCCGUUAAAUCCAUCGGUGAAUGUAAAAUUCCGGGGAGUUCGAAGACGCCCAUGGGGUAGAUUCGCAGCAGAGAUCCGUGACCCGUUUAAGAAAACCCGGGUUUGGUUGGGUACAUUUGAUUCCGCUGAAGAUGCUGCCCGGGCUUAUGAUAAAGCUGCCCGGGAAUUUUGUGGGUCUAAAGCUAAAACAAAUUUCCCUCUCUCUCCUAUUUUUCCAGCGUCCAAAUUAUCUCCAUGCGACGGCGUUUUAGUUGAUAAUGUUGAGAUGAUCCAACGGCCAGCAUCAAGUGGGAUGAGUUCCACUGUGGAAUCCUACAACGCGUCACAGGUGAUUAGAAUAAUUCAGAAUAAUCAUGCUGUGAUGAGGAAUAGGGUUGAUGAUGAUUGUAGAAGUGAUUGUGAUUCUUCUUCUUCUGUUAUUGAUGAUGUUAAUGGUGAUGAUGGUGAUGAAAUUGGUUCUUCAUCUGUAGCCGUUGGAUUCAAACAACCUCUACCGUUUGAUCUGAAUCUUCCGCCGAUUGACGGUGGUGAUGAGGGUUACUUUUUUGGGUUUGAUGAUGAUUAUAAAGCUACGGCGCUUUGUCUUUAGAACGAGCAGUCCGAUGCACAAAGCGUUUUGAUGUUCGAACUCGUGACCAGCUGUCUGAUGACACGUGGGUGGUUUGUGUUUAACGGUAAAGAUUUGAUAAUUUGAUGUUCAUUAUGAAAAUUUGAGAAACAAAGGGAAAUAAAGAAAAAAUGAUUGAUUUUGUUUCUCUUUUAUAUCUGUGUUUAAUUUUAUGUUCUUUGAAAAUUUUAUGUUGAAGAACAGGAAAAAAAAAAAGAAAAAAAAUGGGUAUGAAAAUUAGAUAUGAUAUAUUAUGUUAUAUCAUAAGUAACAACUUUUAGUUUAUGUUAAUUUGAGAAUCAAGGUUUGCCCUUUUGAUUUAGGGGAAAUAGAGAUGAUAUGAGGUAUAAUAUACCGGGUAUGAUGAUGAUAUGAGAUCUAGGGCUUGUAUGAAUUGAAAUUUCAAAUUGGGGGAGGGUUUGAAGGUGGAUUAGAGAUGUAAUAUUAUUAGAAAUGAUGAUUAUGAUGGGGAUUGUUUAGGUUUUGUUUAGAGAUCAAUGUUAAUUUCCCUUUUUACCACAAUAUUACUCUUUGUAUUGUAGAGAGAAAAAAAGGAAACUCUUGUAAGAAAUGAAAAUCCCAAAAGGAAAAAUGGUUUCUUUAUUGAUGUUUAUGAUCAAAA